AGUGUAUAUUAAAUAAAUGCUCCAAUAAUUGCACCAACUUUUAGCCUUGAGUUGAAUUCGUUGAGGUCUAAAAGUAUCUUCAGUAGUCUAUGUCAGAGGUUUUUGGUGUAAAUAUCAACAUGAACAUGUCAAGUAUUGGAAUUAGUAGAGAAAGUGAGAAAGUGAAGGAAAACGUAAUUAGUUUAGAAGAUUUGUUUUUUACUAGCAGGAUACUCAAAAGACCACAAGUGUACAAAGCUUUGUUGUACUUUCCAUUUGGUUUGGUGUUGUUGGCUUUUAGAAUAGCGGUUUGUUUUUUAGGAGUAAUAGUUCUCUCUUUGUUGCCAAAAACAUCACAUACUAGAAGCUUCCUUCUCAAAGGCUUGUGCAAAAUAUUAGGAUUUGUGAUUGAAGUGGAUGAUAAGUACCUUGAUGACUCUUCAAAGCUCUUAGUUUCAAAUCAUGUUAGCAUUCUGGACCGGUUAGCUGUCAAUGUGAUGGUGCCCUGUAACACAGUUUCAAAAGAUUUUCAUAUCAGAAAUAUAGACUCUUUAUGGUUCUGGAAAGACGAUGUACGAUAUCCAAGAAAUUUGAGUGAUGAUGCUGUAUCAGCUUUGAGAACCUACAUUGAUAGUUCCUCAAUUCGUGUUUUAUGUUUUCCUGAAGAAACUACAACUAAUGGUAAAAUUGGCCUUCUUAAAUUUCACCCUGGAAUUUGUACUUUGAGCAGUUCUGUUCAACCUGUUCUUAUUUGGGUCUCAAUAUCAUCUUUCAUGAAAAUUUCUCCUUCUGUUAUCGGAAGUACAGUGUUUGGAGAUUUAGUCUGGGCAUUUUUUCUCCCUUGCAUAUCUUUUACUUUAAAAGUUUUACCAAGUAUUAUUAAGCAUCCAGAAGAAUCUAUUGAAGAUUACAGCAAAAGAAUACAAGAAACUAUGGCCAAGUCUUUGGAAUCUUCUCCUACAAUUUAUACCUCAUCAGAUAAAGAUGAAUUAAUAAAGCGGUUAAAAACAUCAGCUUUGCCAGCUUCUUCGUGUCCAGCUUCAUCCCAAGUUAAUGUUCCUGCUUUAGGAUUGCAAUCCUCCGAUCAAGACAUUUUAAACAUGCAAUGCACGCAGGAUCUGUCGAUGAAUACUGCUGCUGCUAGUUUUGGAAAAACACCUAAACAGCGUAUGCUUUCCUAUCAAGAAAGACGUGCUAAGCUGAUUGAAGCAGCUAGAAUAAAGUAUUUACAGAAGCGUUGUAAAAUAGUAAAAGAAAACUAGUGAAAUUGUUAUAUUUUUUUUGUGAUUUUUAGGGUCUUUAUUAAAUAACUAAUCUUAAAAAAAAUUAAUAAUCUUGUUCAAAGUAUAUAGAAUGAACUAGUGAAAUUUUAUAGUUUGUGGAGAAAAUUUCUAUUUAAAAUAGAAUUACAUAUCUAAAGUAAGAUUUCCACUAAUUUCUUUAUUAAGUCUGAAAAUAAAGGGAAUAAACUCUUUAAAUUUUACAAAGUAAUUUAUUAAUGUUUUUUUUUAUUAUCCUAAAGUAUCUUAUAUAAUUUUUUAUUUUUGUAUUUCUAUGAAAUCCUAAUGCAGGAUGUUUAAAAAAAAUUGAUGUUUUGCAACUUUGAGAUUUGGAAAGACACACAUAUAUGACAUAUUCAUCAAAAACAGCUUGACCUUUUUUCUAAUGUAUCACGAUUGUUUUUUAUUUUCCAUGCAAAAGUUCCUAACACAUUGCACUCAUGUGAAAGAAAGUAAUAAGUUUUUAUAUUUAUUAAUAAGAGUUAGGAAAUAAAAGUGUAAUGCUCAUUUUAUAAUUUAUGAAAUGGUAUUAAAAACUUUUUAUACAAAUUUUAACAAAUGUUUUAACCUUUUUAAUUGCUUGAAACUCUACAAAACUUACUCAGUUUUUAUAAGUAUUUUUUUAAUUUCCCUGAAUCUAUUUUAGUAAUUUAUUUGCAGCAGAUAAAUAUUUUAGUUUCUUUUCAUUACCAAUGACUCUUUGACGUUUACUAUUCCUAACUCUAGUUGUAUUUUAAUUGGUAAUGAUAAAAUUAAAAAAUUUCUUUACUUCCUAUUUUAAGAAAUAUUUAGAUAAAGAAAUACAAAUUCUCGAUCUAAACUUUUAAACCAGAAUUACACAUUAUCUUUUAUUAAUGUGUAUUUCUAUAUUUUGCACGUCAUUAACUUCACAUAAAUUUAAUCCUCUUCUUAUUACUUUAUUUUGUAUGCAUUCAGUUAACACCUCAUCUUUAAAUAGUAUUCUUCUAGUUUUGCUGUUGGUGUUUGCUUAAGUUGAUUGCAGAACUUUCUGUGAAUCGUGAAAUAGUUUUGUUAUAAGAGCCUAAAUAAAAAAGUACAAGUACUUCAUCACUAUCGAAAAAUAUGCAAAAUGUUAUUUUGAACACAAUGGAUAUAUAUAUAUUUAUUUUAUCACAUUGCUAUUGCAUACUUUUUAAAAACUGAAAUGUAUUAAAUAAUAUUGCUUAUGUAAAUUUUGUAAAAAAAAAUGUAUAUAUCUCUCUUUAUAAUCAAGACUUUAAGAUUACUUGUAUUUGUGAUAUCUUUAUAUUGUACAUGUCUGAUGUAAAUAGUAUUAUAUUAAACUAACCUAUUUUCAAUA